AUGGCACACGAUGCUCUACCUUUGGACGAUUUCACGGGCAAAACGAUGUCCAGAGGCGAGCCAUGUACAUGCAGCGCCAACUGCUGGAGUCGGAGCGGCAGUGUUGUCUUCCUUGGAUUAUUUCUAAUGUCACUCUUACUGCAUGCGGUAACCCUUGUCUGCUACUUGGACCUGCGCUCUGAGAUCAAAAGGGAAAUAAUCCACCAGAAACGAGACUCUAUGUUGUCACUAGCUGGGAGUGACAUAGACAACACGAUGUCUGCGGUAUUCCCGCCCGACCCCCCGCGGUUCGACCCCGGCAGCAGCCGCUCCUCAGAUGAUCUCGAGGAACAAUCACUGGACACAAAUAGAGACAUGCUUGCCACAGAAGAUAAUAGAGGCAUAACUCAAAGGGAGAAAAGAAGCCCUGGCAAGCAACCAGAAACAGAAUCAACAGGAAAGGAGAAAAGGAAAGAGAAGAAGAAAGGCAAGAAACGACCAAUACCAGGCCCACCUGGUCCUCCCGGACCUCCAGGCCCCCAGGGGCCACCGGGAAUCCCUGGAAUCCCAGGGAUUCCUGGCAGCAAUGCUGUGGGUCCUGUUGGACCUCCUGGGCCCCCAGGGGCACAAGGGCCUCCCGGCGCUCAAGGCCCAGCAGGAGUUCCUGACAGGACGAAAACAAAAGAAUUCCAGCCUGCAGUGGUUCAUUUGCAAGGGCAAGAAACAACAAUCCAAGUGAGAGAAGAUCUUUCUGAAGGUAUCCUCAGGAACUGGAAGAUGGUGUCUAUACAUCACCGUGUGUUUAAAAUGCACUCUCGCUCUGGAGAGCUGGAGGUGCUGUUGGACGGUGUCUACUUCAUAUAUAGUCAGGUAGAAGUGUACUACCUAAACUUCACAGACAUUGCCAGCUAUGAGGUAAUGGUGGACUCCACCCCAUUUCUCCGCUGCACCUGCAGCAUUGAGACAGGCCAGCGCAAGUUCAACACCUGUUACACAGCUGGGGUGAGUCUGCUGCGUGCAGGCCAGAGAAUAUCUAUACGCAUAGUGUAUGAGGAUACGCUCAUUAGUAUGACCAACCAUACCACUUUCCUGGGAAGUGUCAGACUUGGAGAGGUUCCAUCUGCUGGACAGAACUAA